AUGCUCAAGAUUAUUGUCGCAGCGGUCGGCUUCACGAUGCUGCUCGCGCUUCAGGGCGUUGAGGCUAGCGAACUUGCCGGGGAGAAGAUGGUAGAGAGCUUCGUGGUGACGGGUGCGGACAUACACAACACGUUGCCCGUUCGUCAGCUGUCGAUGAUCAAGGAGGCGCACGAAGCCAACGCCUCGCCUAUGAUGCGUCAAAUAUUCGCAUGGUUCUUCCCAUUCGGGCCAGCCUGGAAUAGCAUCCUCGCCACGUUCUACAUCUCGUCCGUGCCCAACUUUAUCCUGGCUUUCAUCCCCGCGCAAAUCAGCUCGAACACGCUGAACACCAUGACGGCUUUCGCGACUGGCGGCCUUCUGUCAGACGUGUUUCUCCACCUUGUUCCGCACUCCUUCAUGGGGGAACCUUCCGAGGGCGACGACGGGGUUCGGUUCGUCAUGGUUGAAGAGAAACGUAACAUCCUUGUAGGACUUGGUAUAUUCAUUGGAUUUGCGUCGUUCUUCGUGAUGGAGAAGACUUUGCGCGUCCUCGGCGGCGGGGAGGAUAGUCACGGACAUGCACACGAACAUUCGCAUUCUCAUGGCCCGGACGAAUCGGCGGCACACUCGUCCGCUAUUGAAGAGAAAAACAAGGACGGAUUGCGUGCACGAGGUGCUAACCCUGCCAAUGGCGAUACCUCCAAGGCCGAGGAAACUACCGAAACCGUGCACCAGACGUCGAAACUGUCCGCGUACCUCAACUUGUUCGGCGACUUCGUGCAUAACAUCACCGACGGGCUCGCCAUGGCCGCGUCCUUCUACUCGUCGCCCCUCAUAGGGGCUACUACUGCUCUCGCCUGCUUCGCUCACGAGAUCCCACACGAGAUCGCCGACUACUCCAUCCUCGUCCGCAGCGGGUUCACCAAGGGCCAGGCGAUGAAGAGCCAGUUCCUUACCGCGGUCGGCGCCUUCAUCGGAACGUUCAUGGGCAUCGGUAUUCACAACCUGUCCAACAGCACGGAAGAGAGUGGCGCAGACGAUCUAGGCGCCGCCGUGCGACAGGCUGCCGCGGGCAUCCUGGGCACUACGGUCAGCUUGGGUGAUCUGGUCAUCCCGUUCGUCGCGGGCGGCUUCAUGUACAUCGGUGCGGUCGCCGUCUUACCCACGCUGCUGGCCGAGAGCAAGAGCGUCUCGCAGGCCCUGAGAGAGUUCGGAGCGAUGGCGUUCGGGGUGCUCUGCAUGUUUUUGGUCGCGUGA